CGUGGCCAGCAGUUCCCCGUGGCCCCACUGCUCAGCUCCCAGUGGCACCUUCCUUACCAGCCUUUCACCCGGUUUACCAGCCGAUGAACAACAUGAACCUGGGGAUCAACCUGAGCCCUUAUGAGGAGGAGGCGAGGCACCCUGGCACCCUCAACGUGUCCUACAUCAACCCCGGGGUGAUGAGCCGCCACCACCUGCUGCCGGGUAUGGGGGCUGGCGCCGGAGCCGUGACCAGUGCGGCCUCGGAGGUCACCGGGCUGGAGAGCUCGAUGGGUUCUCCAAUGGAUCAGGUCGGAGCCCAACCCAGCGCCAUGAGCCAGAUUGCUUCCUACUGCAGCGUCAACCCCGUCAUCGGCCCAGCACUCAGGCGGGGCAGUCUGGAGUUUGCGGGGGACAGCAAGAGCUUCAGGCGGAACUACACGCACGCCAAGCCUCCGUAUUCCUACAUCUCCCUCAUCACCAUGGCCAUCCAGCAAUCCUCGCAGAAGAUGCUGACGCUCAACGAGAUCUACCAGUGGAUCAUGGACUUCUUCCCUUACUACCGGCAGAACCAGCAGCGUUGGCAGAACUCCAUCCGCCAUUCCCUGUCCUUCAACGACUGCUUCAUCAAGAUGCCCCGGUCGCCAGAGAAGCCGGGGAAAGGCUCCUACUGGGCCCUCCACCCGGACUCGGGCAACAUGUUUGAGAACGGCUGCUACCUCAGGAGGCAGAAGCGGUUCAAGUGCGAGCGGCGGAGCGAGGCGGCGGCCGCCCGGCGGAAGGACGGCGUGACCCCCGCGCCGGAGGGCUCGGGGCCGAGGGACGCGUCGCCGGCGGCGGGCGGGGACACAGACUCUUCCGUCGGAUCGCCCGGCUCGGAACAGGGGAGGAACCAGGGGAGGCCCCUCUACCAGCAGUUGGGCAAGGCAUCUCCAGAGGCCAGCCCCGGCAUCCCGAGUCAGGAGAGCCCCCUGGACACCAAGUCGGCUUCCUUGGUGUCCUCCCAGCCCUCAUUCCUCUCCCAGCUCUCCUCUGAGGUCUACCUCAAGCCUGACCCUCAGUUCCCCUUGAACCACCCUUUCUCAAUCACCAACCUCAUGUCAGCAGAGCAGCAGGCCAGCAGGGUGGACGUGAAGCCCUACGAGCAGAUGGUAGAGUUCUCCAGCUACGGACCCUCGAUGACCACCGACAUCUCCGUGAACUCCAUGUUCUCCAAAACUGGACUGGACCUCAUGCCCGUAGCCAGUGAGCCGCCUGCCUACCAGUCUCUGUGCUCCCGACCGGUUCUGAGCUCGAUAUAGACUGUGCACCAAAGAAAAAUAGACUCUUAUCCGCAUGUA